AUGGGAUUGCAACAUAGCGGAGUCGCUGCAGUUCUUAUCGAAUCUUGUCCGCGGACCGUGAAUCUCAGCUCUCGUUCGAUUUAUCGCUCGAAUUAUGAUGAUGGCGACACUGUCAUAGAUAUGCUACAACAAAAUCUCAAUCCACAGGACUAUGCUCUAUCUGCUUACAACUCCAUGUCAGCUCCAGCUGAAAUUCUGAUGAGCCCCAAUGUUACGAAAAUAGGAUGCGCUACGCAACAAUGCGGUGGCAAAAAAAGUAUGCUCUGCGUUACCGACGAGAAGACUACUUCCGAGAAUCUCAUGGAGGAACCUAGUGCGGCUACAAAUCCUUCUCGUCCUAUAAAUGAUGCUGCCUACUGUAGCGGAGGUUCUUUGACAGAAAGCCAAAUCAACUGCCAAAUUCUUUCAUUUAUAAAUCACAAACGCUUCGCGCUGGCUAACGGCAUGCAACGCAACGGAUAUUGCGAACAAAAUUGUGAGCUUCUACCACGAGCUAAGAAUAUGAACAAAUUGGCCUGGAGCUGCGAUUUGGAAAGAAAAGCCUUAGACGCUGUCAAGUGUAGUUGGGGUGAACCCCCAGAUAAUGGUCAUGGUUUUGCUUUUGUGAGCGAAUACGAUUACGAAGAUAGCAUGUCGGACAUAGUUCGUGCGCUGGUCUCCAAAAUUGAUUAUUCAAAUUUCACACUGGUCAACUACGAAGGAGUAGUAUAUUCGGGUUCGAGCUCUGAGCGUCUCAUGAAAGGCUAUGCUAAUCUAAUGCGCUCCACGGCCACGAAGAUUGGUUGCGUGCACAAAAUCUGCUACGAUUUUGGAACUCCGAUCUUUAAUUUCUAUUGUAUCACCGACCAACCUGAUAUAAAGGAGGGAGAUAAAAUAUACGAGACUGGUAGCGGUAGCUGUGAUUGUGCUGAUUUCUGUGAUUCAACCGGUUUAUGCACAGUUUCAAGACCUGCUCCAACUUGCAUUGAAGCAAUAUUCCCCAAGCCAACUAUUGAAGACCCAGACACCAUUUGCGCUCAUGGUGAUAUGACCGAUGCACUCAGAAUACUUAUGAUGGAUAUGCACAAUGUACGAAGAGCUCAACUUGCGAGAGGGCAGCUGAAAUAUAGUGGAAAUAUGUUGCCAUCUGCUACUAACAUGAAUCGUCUAGUGUGGUCUUGUACUUUGGAAAAGGAGGCUCACGAUCAUCUAGCCAAAUGUCCUACAGAAGGAUAUAUAGAACCAAGUUGUUUAAGUCCAGUCGAUAACUUUUAUCGCGCCGCCAUAACCAGCGACAUAUCAACUUUCAAAGAAAUGACCAUAAAAACAAUCAGGGUGUGGUGGGAUGUAUACCAAAACUAUCCUAACCCUGGUUCAAGUGCAGUUUUUACCGAAUCACUCGUUGGCACUCCCAUAGAAUCAUACACUCGAAUGGGUUGGGCUCAAACUCGAGAGAUUGGUUGCUCCAUUGCUAAGUGUGGUGAUGAAUACGUACUAUCAUGCCGUUACCGGCCAAAUGGGAACAUUGUCAACAAUCCGAUGUACAAUGUCGGCCUCGUGUGCUCCGAGUGUUACAUUUUUGGAGCUGGAUCAUGCGGUUCUGGUGGACUCUGUGGUUGAGCAAGGCACGACAAAGUAAUCGAUCAGAAGUGUAAUAAUCACAUAUUUCUAUUGCUUAUAAGUAAAGUGACUCUAGCUUUGAUCUAUUAUGUUUAUGGUAAGAUUAUCUGUAUAGCGACAGUUUUCGCAAAAGUCUUUCCGUAUGCAACUUACAUCUGUAGCUCAAUUUAUCAAGAGUUUUUGAAGAGAAAGCGAGAAAUGCAGACUUUU